CAGCCUGUAGGAUCGCUCGGCGGGCCUGUAGGCAAGGUGAGCGUGGAGAAUUUCCCGGCUGGCCGGAGAGGAGGAAUGAAAGGCAACCGAGUCGGCGAACGAGCCAACACCGCCAAGGAGGAGGUAGAUCCCGCUCACCGGUGCACUUCACCUCCGGCCUCGGCACGGAUCGCGAGCGGACAGUCAGUCCAACGUCGAAGACGACAGCCAUAAAACAGUGAGCAACCCAGUGAACCCAGUUCUGCCAGCCGGAGGAUCGUCCGAUCGCCUUUUCCCCCGUGUUCCCCGAAUUCCCCACGUUCCCGACUGCCGUUCGGGUGUGUCUUCGACUCCCUCACCUCGCCGCGCUGUUGAUUGAUCGUCGGUUCUGUGUACACCGCGAGUGUCACCGUCCGCUCGAAGAGGACAUCCACCCGGUGCGACAGACGCGCGCGCUGUCGCGUUGGUGCCCGGCCGUCACGAGUGUUCCGGUUCCACGAGUGAUAGAGAGAGUUGUUUUUCGGUCGGCUGGGACAGGAUAAGGCUGGACAGGACAGGCCUGGCCUGGCCACGGGCAGCUGGCGGCGUUCCGUGAGCGAGAUACGGUGCAGAAGAAUGCGGUAGGAUGCGUAUCCAGGAAAGAUGCUUUCUGCGCGCGGUCGCAGGACUCUGUCUGCUGGCUGGGCUGGUCGUCUCUUCGUCGACCCUCGACCUGACGACCGUCGACGGUGUCGACGUGACCGAAAUACCGGCCGUGAAACCGCUUCGCGGCGACGCAAAGAACGAGACCAGUGACCGGAAGUCCGAGUACCCAAUCAAGGAUCAUGACUCGAAGACUACUGUCGAGCCCAAGAAGAAACCGGUCGACUUCAAGAUCAAGACUGAUCAGAAAUACCAGAAACCGUCUUUCAAGGAUGACGACUCGAAACGUGCAGAAGGGAACGACGCUGGAACGACGACGACCAGUUGGAUGUCGUCGACGAAGUCCGAGGACGUUACCACCAGUCCGCUGGAAACAAUGGGAAUCACUGUUCCCUUCUUGUUUCACGGGGAACCGAUGGUUCCUGGGAUCAACGCGUCUAUGAUGGGUUCAGAGAUGUCAGGGAACAAUACGGAUGAAAUGCGAACGAUGGAGGAGACGACUCCGUCCAGAGGCAGAGCUCUGAACAUUUCAGCGCCGGAGCCUACCAACUCAUUGCACUCGAAUAUCACCGAUCUUAGCGAUGUUAGCAUGGACGACGAUGAUAAAGAUGUAGAAGGCGGAGAGUACGUAGCGCCUCACAACGAGACGUCCAUGAACAUUUCCUCGAGUUUAUUGCCUGCUGUAAUGGUGUGCGUCGAAGGUAAUCAAACGUACUCCAUGGGCGAGAAGAUCGUUAGAGGCUGCGAUGAGAAGUGCGUGUGCGGCGAGGGAGGAAUGGUAACGGAUUGCAAGCCGCUUUGUUCGUCGCCGUACGUCAGAGCGAACAGAGGAAUAGAGGAUCCGUUGUGCCAGGAGAAAUUGGUCAGCGAGGAACCAUGUUGCGCGAUUCUGGUCUGCGCUGCCGACUCUGUUUCUGCCGUAGCGCCUGAACCGGAAGAAACCUGCGUAUUCGGGAACAAAACGAUCAUGCGAGGGCAACGGGUCGAAGACGGUUGCUCGAGGGUCUGCGUCUGCGAGGCAGGUGGCAGCCUGAAGUGUCAACCCAGGUGUCCACCGAACGAGACCACUUCCGCGACGAAUCAACACGAUCGUUGCGUGAUUCUCACCGAUCCGAGAGAUUCCUGUUGCACAAUCACACUCUGCGACGUUACUCUGGGUGAUCAUGAGAUCAGGCCAGAGAUCUCGGCCGACCUAUCCGUUAAUCUAACCGAUGUGAAAGUUCUGAACUCGACGACGAUCAAACUGAAAUUGUCCGCGAAGAAUCCGCAGGACAUCACUAUAGAAAUAUCCGACAAGAAUCAUGUUUGGAGGCAGCAGAAACCUGACAAAGAUGGUAUAAUAUCGAACCUGGAACCAGCGAGGACUUAUUCCGUUCGCGUGACCGAGGGAGGUCGAACCGGUCCUGCUCUGCAGGUCUUCCUUCCCGCGGAAGUAAUCAAGACGAACGUCUCGGAAAAGAUGGGGGACAGGAACACGUGCAGCCACAGGGGGAAAACAUACAAAGUGGGCGCGGAAUGGUACGACGAGUGUAUCUCGUUUUGCAUGUGCGCUGAAGACGGCAUGACUGAUUGCUUGACGAUCGAGUGCCCCACUGAUUUCGGGCUGGACGUUCUAGACGCGCAGUGUUUGGAUUGGGAGACAGUCCCGCCGAAUUUCGUCGCGAAGCCGCCCAAUUGCUGUCCUCAAGAGGUACGCUGCAGAAAUAAUGGCUCGUGCAAUUACGAAGGCAAGACGUAUGACAACUGGAGCGAGCUGCCGUCGAACGUGACCGGAUGCGAGAAGAGAUGUUACUGUGAGAUGGGUAACGUUUCCUGCCAAGUCGCCUGUCCGCCAGUCACAGCCUUGCCACCUGCCACCCUGCCCUGUCCAUCCUCCCAGGCCACCCUGACGCAUCUACCUGGCGACGAUUGCUGCAUGGAAUGGUCCUGCAACAAUUCUCCAGGAACGAACGCGACGUCCGCGUUCCCCGGCCCGUUGGCCGCAGACGCGUUCGAUCGGCGGCCGAUCAGUGGUACAGAAAAACCGACUAACAAGUCGGGACCUGCCGGGCCCAACCAGCAACCGGGACCUGCCACUUCCUCCCCGUGGGACGGCGCGAAAGACGUUCACACCACCACGGACGACACCACGACAGUGACGACUACAACAACCCACGGACUCUUCCAUUACCCGAUGGAUCCUGGACACCCCACGAUUCCAUACAACGGACCCUACAAUCCCGACUACAAGCCCACGCACCCCACCAUUGAGGACGUGUUCCACUUUCAUCACCCUAUCGAGAAACCUCUCACCCCAGCGAAAGAGAAGAGCAAGUCGAAAUCGGACGCGAAGAAACCGGUCGAACCGAUCGCGAAACCGUUACCGCACAAAGACGACUAUUUCCCCGGACCCCUAGCUCCGGACAAGUUCCUGGACAAGAUACCCAUUCAUCCCGUCGACGACGACCAGCCUAAUCCCAUAAACAUGAACAAACUGCCAUUACCGCCGAAGACUGGUCACGCGACCGAUCAGCCUCAAUUCGUUCCGUUGAACCCGCACCAGAAUACAGGACCAGGAUUCGCUUUUGUACCUAACAACGGACAGAACAACAUACCUCCGAACAGCUUAGGCCCACAGCUCGAUAACUCCGCGGCUGGGCCGUCAUAUCGCGGUCCGAUUCUUGGGCAAGACAGCGUCGAUCCGAACGUGAUCGUUCCGCUGAAUCCGAAGAAGAAGACUAGCCCCAGCGACACGUUCGACGCUGAGAAGCCUAAGCUACCAUCCGGAUUGCCUGGCAGACCGAAACAGGGACAACGGAAUCCUGAGCAGGAGAUCCUACCCGAGGAGCUGUAUCAUCUGAUCAAUCUGCACCCGGGCCUGGUCCAAUUGGAUCACGGGCCACCCGAAGGACACCCGGCCUUGUACGAUAUCCAUCAGCAGAUCUCCGGUCAGGGCCAGUCGAGCAGCAAUCAGAUACAGCCCGGCUACUUCGGCGGGCCGGCAGGCGGGCCAAAGAAACCCGCGAAGCCACACGUGUACGCGCAAAAAGACGAAAACGGUCAGACCACGUAUCACGUUCACACGCCGGACAUACCGAGCACGCCGCAACAGUUCAAGGAACUGCUGGCGCAUAUCGGCGAACACGAUCCCAAUCCCGGACCGUUCCAACAUUAUCCCGGACAGCCGGCCAUACCUCAUAACGGGCCGAGCGGCCCGCAGGCCGGUAUCCCGCUUCACAUUGACGCUCAUUUAUCGCAUACAGGACUCACGCACUUGAACCACCCGUUCGCAGCACAAACGCCCAACCAGUCAGGUAUGGAUCACAAUUUACCACCAGGUUUCCCGCUACCCGGUGGUAUCCCCGGAUUCCCGGUCGCGUCAUCGUCGGACGAAGUCACCGUGCAAGUCCUCGAAGCUCUCGACGAAAAAACCGUUCAUCUCGUCUUCACCGUGCCGCAAGUUCUGGUGGGACUGCACGGCCGCGUCGAGCUGCGAUAUACCAACGAUAAAACGAACUUCGACGUCUCGACCUGGAAGGCUCAGGUGUUCGCACCCCCGAACGGUCUGAUCGCGACGUCUCAACUGGAGUUCGAGCUCGACGAUUUGAAACCGUCGACGGAUUACAAGGUGAAGAUCACGGUGAAGCUGAAGGAUUUGGCGAACAGUCCGACGAGCAAGAUCUACACCGUGCGAACUCUGGACAAACGAGCGGAGGUGACCACGUUGCCGCCGCAGAUACCGAUCGACGCCGAGCUUCAGGUGACGGAGACGAACUCCACUUGGAUCAACGUGAUGUGGAGGAAGUUCACGGAAUACGAGCUGCAGUUCAUCGACGGAGUUCAACUGCGGUACAAAGAGCAGGAGGGCAAAGUGUACUCCGGCACACCGUUGAUCCACAGGGCAGUCAGAAACUUCGUGAUCGAGAAUCUGAAGCCGUCCGCUACGUACGAGGUCGGCAUCUUCUUUGUCCCGUUCCCGGGACAAUUGACGGAACUGAUUAGCGAGAAAACGAUUUAUGUGACCACGUCAAUGGAGCCGAACCCGUACUCGUUCGAAGUCAAGGUGGAGAUCAAGACGAUCAAGUCGACGGACGUGGAAGUAACGUGGAGCGGGGUACCUUAUCCGGAGGACAAGUACGUGAAUAUCUACAGAGCGAUCUAUCAGAGCGACAGCGGUAAAGAAGACACGAGCACGUUCAAGAUCGCUAAAAGAGACUCCCAUCCUAAGACCCUGAUCAGCGACCUGAAGCCGGGCACCAGGUACCGUUUGUGGCUCGAGGUGUACUUGACGAACGGCAGGAUAAAGAAGAGCAACGUACAAGAUUUCGUCACUAAGCCCGGUGUUCUCUUGCCCGCCACAAUUUCUCAGCAAGCUGGAAAGCUUGCGUCGUCUGUACCUCUUCACGAAGGUGAUUACUACGGCCCGUUAGUCGUGGUCGCCAUCGUCGCCUCUCUCGCGAUCCUCUCUACCUUGAUUCUACUGAUGAUGCUGAUGAAGAGACGAACCAGCAGCAAGGCCGAUAUAUCCCCACGUAAAACCACGUCCGCCUACGACAAUCCUUCCUACAAGGUAGAAUUACAACAAGAGACUAUGGACUUGUGAGGACGCCGUGACGAUACCCAAUGGUAGAAACAAGAACGUGGAGCACGAGAUGGCCACGAUCAACAGCAACAUCAAGGAAUCUGCCUAAUAGUCCUGUAAUUUAUUAAAAUGUAUUUAUUUAUGCGAAACUAUCGUCGGUUGAAGAUUGGUGUACAUUUUAAUACCGUAACGUUGCACGUUAGCAAAGAAACUCUCGUGAACUUCAAACAUCAGGGGUGAAUGAAGUGCCUUGAAACGCUAAAGGGGUAUAUGCUUGUAUUUCAACGUCUCGAUGUUGAGAAAUUACCACUUCUUCGUCUUGUGAAUUUUUUAACAGCAUUUUACCACUGUCAGUGGAGUCGCAUUGUAUUAAAACUUGUAAAUAGUACUAUCGUGCGACGCUAUAGUCGGUUCAGAAUCAAUUUCCCGUUUAAGACUAACCUCGGCCACUCGGUGUACUUACGAUGAUUGUUUGUAUAUUUAUAACACAGGUGAAUGCAGAAGGCACGGUAAAAUAAUACGCAUGAAAAUACGCGGAUCAGUUAUGAGAAACGAUUCUCAGAGAACUACUGAUUCCGAUCUGACUAUAACGGUCGCAUUAAAUGAUAAGAUAAUACUAUAUACGUACUGUUAGGGAUUGAUAUUAUUUUCUGUAUUUAAGGCUAACGAUUAAGUCGUAAUUAAGGAAUCCUGGUGGGCGUCGAUAACCCAGCUGCGUUUUGUACAGUUCUCAUUUACAUUUCCCUAGAAAUCUAUAUAAUAAAGAUAUAUUACGAUGACUGCAAGCGUUUGAUCGCAUAUCGCGAAACACCAUCGGUUCAAGGUAAAAAAAAAAAUGUAUUUAUUUGUAGCAUCUCUAGUUGGUAUACAAAUUGAGUAAACGGAUGAUACAACAAAAUAAAACAAAGGGCAAGAACUUAUUUUAUAUCAGACUCGUGUACUUUACAAGUAUACAAACUUAGGCAAUGUAGAACGUAAAAUAAUAUGUUUGUUCAAUGUUUGUUCGUGUAACAGUCAUAGAGUUGAAUAUUGUAAAAGUGUUACUUCAUCAUGAUUCAGAACAUGCAAGAACGUAUGAAUACUUAAAAAUAUUUCUUCAAUUCAGAUUCCAGGUCAAGUGGAUUUGUUGUCGGUGCAUGUCUGGAAACUACUUUGCCUUCUUUAUUAAUGAUGAAUUUGGUGAAAUUCCACUUGAUUCCAUCUGUUAUGAAUCCACCUGCUUGAGUUUUCAGCCAUUUCCACAAGGGAUGAGCAUUAUCGCCGUUAACAUCAACUUUCUCAAAAACAUCAAAGUUGACAUUGUAUUUUUUGAUAAAAUCUAGAAUCUGUUCAGAUGUACCCGGUUCUUGUCCACUAAAUUGAUUAGAUGGGAAUGCAAGGAUUCUUAGACCUUCCUUCUCGCUGUACUUUUCGUACAAUUCAACCAGUUCCUUGUAAUUUCUGUCUGUUAGUCCGCAAUAGCUAGCAACAUUAACAAUUAUGCUCACAUGUCCAAGAUAUUUUUUCAGUGAUACAUCAUUGCCAUGGAUAUCUUUAGCAUGGAAAUCAUAUAUUGUAGAAGCAGAGUUCCAAUUCUUAUCCUGGUCAAAAGAACCUGCUGUUGAAGCCAGGCAUUCUCCUUGUUUAUUGUCUUCACAGUUCUGAGCUAUGACCCCAGUGAAGACUACUGCCAACAAAACUAUGAAUUCUAAAAAAAGAAAUUAUAAUUAAUAGAUAGUUCAUAUAAUACAUAUUCUAUCUCAUAAAACAUUUCUUCAUUCUAUUCUUCAUGCUGAUUUUCUUAGUCUUUGUUUCGGAGCCGGUUUCGUGCCGUCGGCAAAAAGAAAACAAAAAAAAAAUAGGUGACCUCAAACGUUCUACUUAUACUACAAAAUAAAUCAUGUAUUUAAAAAAAUCAUAAAAUCUAAUAUUGACGUGAUAUAAUUAUUUAUUCGUUAAUAUUAUUUCCAAGUAAAAUAUUCCAAGAGAUUCUAGAACGUCAUUACUCACUGAGCAUUUUGGUUGGAAGAAUGUGUCGCCGCACUGCGGAAAUUUAUCAGAGGCAAAAAGCCGGUGUAAUUCUUGUAAAAUCAAUAAACGGAAAUUGAUAAAUUUUAUUAAUGUCGUGUAAUUAAUAUAACGUAAACGAGAGAACUGUGUCACUAUGUACGAUUCAGUAAAAUUAUCCGAACGCUUCGACUGGUCGAGCGCAAAUGCGACGAUCUCUCC